AUGGAACAUUUGCAGGACUUUCUGCUGAGAGUGACCUGUGCUCCUGAUGAGGGUGGAAACAGAACUUGGCAGCUGAAUUGCUCCUUAGCGAUCGAUGAAGAUGGGGUGGCAUUCAGCUGGACCUCAGAAAGACAGAGCACAGGUCCCACCCUCAAGAGUUCGGUGAUCAAGGUCCCCUCCCAGGAUCAGAAUAUCAAACUCACCUGCACAGCAGACAACCGGGUGAGCAAGGCAUCCAGGACGGUCUCCUUAAAGGAAGUUUGUGCUGAUUUUGAAAACAGAGCGAACAUCUCCAAGGACUGCAGAGAAUUACAUCUCAGCCAACUACGGAAAGAGGACGCUGGCAGAUAUUCAGCAGGAAUUGUUUUACAGAACGAAACACUUGUGGAUGAGUUCUUUGGACUGGAAGUUUUUAAUGGAACAAAGUCGUUUGGCAUUCUAGGGGAGUUUGUCACCUUCCAAGUGAAGACCUCUCCACCCUAUGAAAUGAUUUUGUGGACUAAAACUGUAGGCAUCAUGUCAAUCAAUAUUGGUAAAGGGAUCUUGGUGGAGCAAUGUUACUUCCUGUUUCUCGAAGUAGCUUUUCAAAACAGAGUGAACAUCUCCAAGGACUGCAGAGAAUUACAUCUCAGCCAACUACGGAAAGAUGAUGCUGGCAGAUACACCGCACAAAUUGUUUUACAGAACAAAACAGUUGUGAAUGAGUUCUUUGGACUGCAAGUUUUUGGACUUCUGCUGGACUCUGAGAUGAGAGUGACCUGCACUCCUGAUGGGGCUGGAAGUGAAGCUUGGAAGCUGAACUGUUCUACAGGGACCAAGGGAGACGGGGUGGGAUUCAGCUGGGAAUCCCCCAUCUACUGCCCUUCUCACAUCCCCCAUGAUCCUGUGAUCAAAGUCACCUCUCAAGAUCAUAAUGUCAAUGUCACCUGCACAGCAGAAAACCCUGUUAGCCAGGCAUCCAGGACGGUCACUUUAAAGGAAGUUUGUGCAGAACAGACCGAGAACAUUUCAAGGCUGCCUCUUUGGGUCCUGCUGUGCCUUAGCAAAGUGGGAAGUCUUCUGCUCCUUGGCUGUUUGGGGCUCAUUUUCCGGAUGACAUUCAGAAAAGAUGGAGGAAGGAGGCUGGUGGCCCGAUUCCGGCCAGCCUCUCAGAGGAGACCACCACCACUGCCUAGGGCCAGGCCCCACUUCAGAUCCACCUGAUGGACAUUUCAGAUGACCCUCCUGCC